AUGGCAGAAGCAGCCAAAAAGAAGACUUGGGAUGAAGAAAUUACAGAGUUAUUCAAAGACUAUAAACCAGAUGAGGUUCAAUAUCUUCGGGAAGUGACUCCUCGUUUGUUCAGAUUUUGGGAUAUCAACCAUAAGUUUCUUAUCGUGAUGAACAAGAAGUUAGUAGCAAGUCCAAAUGAUUCAGGUUCAUCAGAGCAAUUGAUUGGUGUGCUCCCUAAUCAUGCUCUAGAUGUAAAACAGCAGCCCAUCUUUAUGGGUCUCCCAAACAACACACAUACGAUGAGCUGUGUGAAGUCUGAGGAGGGUCAGGUCCAGCUCCAGUUAACGGAUGGAAACAUUGUCAGACUGUACGAACAAAAUGAGAAGUUUUUGGACUUCAGUUUUUACAGCAGGACGGAUGGUGGCUCAGAAACAUGCUCUUUUGAAUCUGCCCAGUUCCCCGGUUGGUUCAUAAGUACUUCUUCUGAACCAGACAAACCUAUUGGUUUGAGUCAAAAAGGAGGACCUGGAAACAUCCUGUUUCACUUUGAACGAAAAUCGUGA